AUGUCUGUCGUCUACAAAGACCGCGACGAACCGCGCACUUACACGACCGUCCGCCGCUAUCGAGUACCCGACCGAGCAUUUGAGGAGGAAGAUACCUACGAGAAACAAAUAGUCAUCAAGCGCGACCGCGAACANGGCCCCCGAUAUGACCGCGAUCUGGAAUACCGCACCCGCGAGCGAGAUGCCCCAAGGGAAGUCAUCCGCUACGAACGUAAUGUCGAGCGUGCGCCUUCUCCCCCUGAUCGGGUCCGCGAGUUCCGCUUCGAGCGAGAAAUAGAGCGUGAACCGCCUCGUCACGAUCAAUGGGACCUGGAGAGGUACACUCGCUCCACCGAGUACUACCAACCACAGCCCAUCAUCAUACGCCAACAACCACAACCAAUCAUUAUCAAGGACGCCCCUCGACAGCCCGUCCUUCUCCAGCGAGAGGAUCCCCAUUACGAACUGAUCGAGCGUGAUGAUGCGCAGAGAAGGAGGGAUGACGAUGAUUACUACUACGAGCGGACCACUCGUGAGGUUGAUCGAGGUCCGCGUCGUGGAGGCGGUGGUGAGGACUUCUAUGACAACCGUGAUUAUAGACGCGAUGUUGACCCCCGGGAUUCAGCAUCCAACUACGCCGACGAUCGCUACAGCAGCGACGAGGAUAUUGUCAUCACUCGCACAGAACGAACCGGCGGCUCGCGCGACCACUCACCACACCAUCGCCGCCAUCUAGCCGAAGGUGCCAUAGCCGGUCUUGGAGCCGCAGAAGUCCUUCGCCAUCAUCGUCGAAAACAGGGUGAGGAAGGCGGUCAUCGUGGUCGCCAGCUUCUGGGCGGUGCUGCACUGGGUGCUGUUGGUGCCGAAGCCCUGAGCCGUGCCAGAAGCCAUAUGAGGAGCUCUCGCUCAAGGUCAGUUUCGAGUGAUCGCUCAAAACGUUCCAGCCGACGUGAAAGACGCCGCCGUUACCGCAGCAAGAGCAGAAGUAGGAGUCGUUCUCGUGCGCGUACUUUGGCCAAAGUCGGUACAGUUGCUGCUGUUGGUGCUCUCGCAGCAUACGCUCUUCGCAACAGAGGCAACAAGGAAACGGUGAUCGUUAACAAUGAACUCCCACCACCACGACGCAGCAGGUCUAGAAGACGCCGUUCCUCUGUUGGCAGUGUUCCUACCCCGCUAGAUGCCCGGAACAGAAGCAGAAGCGAAAGCAAGCAUCGCGAUCCCGGACAUCGCAAUCGUCGCAUUGCUCAAGCCGGCCUUGCAACCGCUGCAGCUGCUGGUAUCUUGGAUCGCGUGCGCAGUCGUUCGAGAGGUGGCAAGAAGUCCCGGUCGAAAAGCAGAGUUCGUACCGGUGCGCCGAUUGCUGCAGCUGGUCUGGGUGGUGCUGCUCUUGCAGGCUUGUAUGAGCGGAGUAAGGCUCGCAAAGAAGCUGCCAGAGACGACGCAUCCGAACCCGGACGCCCUCGGUCCAGGUCUCGUAGCAGAUCUGUUCCUUAUCCUGAUGAUGAGCCUCGUUUGCGCAGAGCUUCGAGUGAUCCCGCGCUUAUAGAAUACGGCGACGAUCCGAUCUACCCGAACCGACGUUAUGAGGAACCACCAGCCGAGUAUCGUCGUAGGCGCAGAGGUAGUUCCGCCUCGUUGAGCCCUGACAGACGCAGACAUGACAGAUCGAGCCGCUCAAGGUCGAGAAGUCGAAGCAGAACUAGAGGUUUGGCUGAGGGUGCUGCCGCCGCGGGCGUUGCUGCUGUAGCUGCACACGAGUUGGGCAAACGGGAUGAGCGUAGGAGGUCAGACCGUGAGUGGGACCGGGAUCGCAGACGCCGUGAUGAAGAGGACGACAUGUAUGCACAUGACAGACCAUACUCCCCACCACCCAUGGGGGCCAACGCCGCCUACCCUCCAACACCUCAGAGCCAUGAGUUCUACCCUGCCACCAACUCUUUCCCACCUCCGCCAACAGAGAACUACGGACAUCAGCCAGAAUAUCCACAGCACGAAUAUGCUCCCUACAAUCCCGCGNNGAUUUCCCCGCCUCCAGGAGCAGCUGGUGCUCCUCGGGGCCGACACGAACACGACGAACGUUAUCCUAGUCCAGAUCCCAACCUGGGCUAUCCUCAUGCUAAUGAGACCUUUGCUGGUGACUCGCGUUACGCCGGCGACAAUCGUGGCCGGCCAGGUCCAGAACAUGUGAGUUACACUCCUUCCGGCACAACAUCUGAUCCACACGAUUCUUCUGGUGGGUGGUUCGGUUCGGUUAUUAGUUUUCACGUUCGAAUUAGAGCUAACAUUACAUACNNAGAUGGUGUAAACAAGAAGAGUGUGCAGUUCAAUGUACCGCCUAGCGAAGGUACGAGUUCGCCAGAUGCACGGAAGAAACUCAACCCUCGAGAUGCAGACCAAGAUGUGGACUAUUCGGAAAGCGACGGACACGACGACAGAAUCAGAACGAGAAGCGAAUUAAGCAGCGACGGCACUACAGAAACAGAGCACAAACGCAGAAGACGUAGACGCCAUCGCUACCACGAACAAGACACUGACGAACACGAGGAACACGAACGUAACGAUGAUCACAUCAAUACCCAACACCGCCGCCGCAGACGCCACAGAUCCCGCGAUCUUUCACAACAACGACGCACAGGCUCGCCAGACAGCGUGAACUCCAGCGAGACAGUCGAACUACCACCACGUUUCGGUCCAGAAGGCCGCAAAGUGCCAGAACGCGGCGAAGACCCCCUUGCCGACAAGAUCGAAGACCUACUCAGUGGAAAAGGGCUCGCUGGAGGUAUCUUCAAGCGACUUACCGGCGAUCUGCUUGGUGACAGUGCUGCGAAGAAGAGACGUUGA